GGAGGGGUCCCGGCCGCCGCCCUGGCUGACGGUGCGCGGUGUUGCAGGCGGAGGGGCUGCGGCAGGCUCUGGAGGAGAUGCGGGCGCUGUACGAGCGCAACCAGGCGGACGUGUCUGAGGCCAAGUCGGGACGGACGGACCUGAUCUUCCUCAUCCGCUUUCGGCACUGCUGCCUGCUCCGCAACCAGCGCUGCCUCCUGGCCUACCUGUACGACCGGCUGCUGCGCAUCCGCGCGCUGAGGUGGGAGUACGGCAGCGUCCUGCCCAGCACCAUCCAGUUCCACAUGGCGGCCGAGGAGGUGGAGUGGUUUAAUCGGUACAAGAAGUCUCUGGCUACCUACAUGAGGUCAGUAGGAGGAGAGGAGGGGCUGGACCUUACACAGGACAUAAAACCUCCUAAAAGCCUGUACAUCGAAGUGCGGUGUUUAAGAGACUAUGGUGAAUUUGAGAUCGAUGAUGGCACCACCAUCCUGUUGAAGAAGAAUAGCCAGCACUUCUUACCCCGCUGGAAAUGCGAGCAGUUAAUCAGACAAGGAGUCCUCGAGCACAUCUUGUCAUAAGCGUGCCGGACAGGAGGGACAACUCUUGCUUGGUGGCCUGCCCAUAACAGGGACUGAACUCUGGUGUGUGCAGGACUCAGCACUUCUGCAGCGGGCACCCUGCCAUUCCUCUUAAAGGCCUCUGGUACCUCACAUGAAGAUCAGCCCUGAGUUUAUAAAGUAUGCAAUCCACAUUGGCCAGCUCUUCAUGACCGAAGGGUGCCCACUGGUAAUGUGGGGAGCCUGGGAAUCUGCAUAGUGGUGGGGGGGGGAGGGGGGAAGGGGUGUUACCCAAGCCCUGCAACUGCAAGCAGGUUUUGUGAGUGCAUUUUUGUUUGGAACAGUUCUUUAUUCAUACUGUGCAUGAAUGUGCACUGUGGGAGUAAGAGACUGGCCGUCUGGGCUGCGGAAACCAGGAGAGCUCCGUGGCUGCAAAAUAAAGAACUGCUUCAGCCUUCUA